AUGCCAGAUGGAACUGCUGAUCCCGACUCUAAGAAAGAGAAUAAUGCAUCCGCAAGAUUGAACAAGAGAAAGCGUAUCCUACCUCCUUCUACUGCUCAUAGAAAGUCCUUUUUUGGUGGUCUCGCGAGCUCCAUCAAGGAGAUCAGCGCCUUUCGGAUGGUGGUACAAGAAUUGGCGACAAAGACGUGGGUGGGUAGUGGCGGAUAG